AUGUCGGCCGGUCAGACUUACUACGAGUUUUACCGCAAUUCCAGCAUUGGGACGGCUCUGACUGAUGCGCUGGACGAGUUGAUCACGCAGGGCGAUAUCCCGCCUCAAUUGGCUAUGCGAGUCUUGCAGCAAUUUGACAAGUCCGUAACGGACUCUUUGCAGCAAAAGGUCAAAGCCAAGACUACCAUCAAAGGACAUUUAUCGACUUAUAGACUUUGUGAUGAUGUGUGGACGUUUGUGGUGAAGGAACCGCAGUUCAAGAUGGAGGGUAUCGGUGCUGGAUCGGAGAUGGUGACCGGCCCCAAGAUCAAGAUCGUAGCGUGCAAGAGCGGCGAUGCGGCUGAAAACACGAAGAAAGGGAGUAAGGAGUAA